AUGCACUUGCUGGGCUUCUGCUCUCUGGCGUGUUCCCUGCUGGCCGCUGCGCUGCUCCCCGGUCCGCGCCGGGCGCCCGCCGCCGCCACCGCCUUCGAGUCGGGACUGGGCUUCUCGGACACGGAGCCGGACGCGGGCGAGGCCAAGGCUUAUGCAGGCAAAGAAAUGGAGGAGCAGCUGCGGUCAGUGUCCAGUGUGGAUGAACUCAUGACUGUGCUCUACCCCGAAUAUUGGAAAAUGUACAAGUGUCAGUUAAGGAAAGGAGGCUGGCAACAUAGUAAAGAACAGGCUAACACCAACACAAGGACAGGAGAAACUCUAAAAUUUGCUGCAGCACAUUAUAAUACAGAGAUCUUAAGAAGUAUUGAUAAUGAGUGGAGAAAGACUCAAUGCAUGCCACGGGAGGUGUGUAUAGAUGUGGGGAAGGAGUUUGGAGCAGCCACAAACACCUUCUUUAAACCUCCAUGUGUGUCCGUCUACAGAUGUGGGGGCUGCUGCAACAGCGAGGGGCAACAGUGCAUGAACACCAGCACAAGUUACCUCAGCAAGACGUUGUUUGAAAUUACAGUGCCUCUCUCUCAAGGCCCCAAACCAGUAACAAUCAGUUUUGCCAAUCACACCUCCUGCCGAUGCAUGUCUAAGCUGGAUGUUUACAGACAAGUCCAUUCAAUUAUUAGACGCUCCCUGCCAGCAGCACUACCACAGUGCCCGGCUGCAAACAGGACUUGCCCCGCAGAUUACAUUUGGAAUAACCACGUCUGCAGAUGCCUGGCUCAGCAGGAUUUUAUUUUUUCCCCCAGUGCUGGAGAUGACUCUGCAGACGGAUUCCAUGACAUCUGUGGGCCCAACAAGGAGCUGGAUGAAGAGACCUGUCAAUGCGUCUGCAGAGGGGGGCUUCGGGCUUCCAGCUGUGGACCCCACAAGGAACUAGACAGAGACUCAUGCCAGUGUGUCUGUAAAAACAAACUUUUCCCUAACUCAUGUGGGGCCAACAGAGAAUUUGAUGAGAACACAUGCCAGUGCAUAUGUAAAAGAACCUGCCCAAGAAAUCAGCCCUUAAACCCUGGAAAAUGUGCCUGUGAAUGUACAGAAAAUCCACAGAAAUGCUUCUUAAAAGGAAAGAAGUUUCAGCAUCAAACAUGCAGUUGUUACAGACGGCCAUGUACAAAUCGAGUGAAGCAUUGUGAACAGGGACUUUCAUUUAGUGAAGAAGUAUGUCGCUGUGUCCCUUCAUAUUGGAAAAGACCACACGUGAACUAAGAUUGUAUCUUUUCUAGUUCGUCAUUGUUCUAUCAUGGGAAACCAUGCUGCCAUGUUAGAGCUAUGAACACAGAGACUUUGUGGACCGGGUAACAAAGACAAAAGUCAGUUUCCUGAACCACGUGGAGAAUGUUACAGAAGUGGACUGGAGCUCAUCUGCAAAAGACCUCUUUAAAAGACUGGUUUUCUGCCAAUGACCAAAUAGCUGAGGUUUUUCUCCUGUGAUUGUUUUUUAAAAAGAAUAAUGACUACAUAAUUUAUUUCCACUAAAAAUAUUGUUUCUGCAUUCAUUUUUAUAGCAAUAACAACUGG